AUGGCCGUAUCUGAGGCUGCAGGUUUAUCUUACGAGGAAGAACACGUGCAUGAAGUCUACGAGCAGAUUGCAUCGCACUUCUCAUCCACACGCUACAAGCCAUGGCCGAUAGUCGAGCGUUUCUUGAAGGAACAACCCAAUGGUGCUAUUGGCGCUGAUGUAGGGUGUGGGAAUGGAAAGUAUCUCGCUGUGAACAAAGAGGUUUUCAUUGUGGGGUCUGACAGAUCAACAAAUCUGGUUAAAAUCGCACAACACCACAAACCCCACGAUGUCGUCGUAGCAGACAACCUCUCCCUCCCCCACCCACCACACUCCUUCGACUUCGCCAUCUCAAUAGCUGUAGUCCAUCACCUAUCUACGCCAGCACGGCGCAUGGAAGCCGUCAAAUGCAUCCUAGAUCUCCUGCGCCCGCCACAGCAAGGCGUAAGCGGGAGUGGAGGAAAAGCACUGAUCUACGUCUGGGCGCUAGAGCAGAAGAGCAGUCGACGAGGCUGGGAUGAAGGCAGUGAGCAGGAUGUCAUGGUGCCGUGGGUUAUGACAGCUAAGAAGGAGAAGGUUCCGAAGAAGAAGAAGAAGCAGCAGAAGAGGAGAGGUGAAGAGGGUCUGGCGCAGGAAAACGGUGAAGCAGAGAAAGGGAGCGAAGAUCAAAAAGAAGAGAACUCUGAGGCGCCAGAAACCAAGCCAGAGGGUGAUAAGACGUUUCUACGAUACUACCAUCUGUACAGGAAAGGAGAACUUGAGGGAGAUAUAGAGCAGGCUGGCGGUGUGAUCGUCGAGAGUGGGUAUGAGAAGGACAAUUGGUGGGCGAUUGCAAGCCUUAAAUGA